CCGACGACCGCGUCGACGAGAAGGAGAUGUCCGUCGUCAUCAAUAGCGUGACCAAAGCCGCCAACCGCCACGACAUGCUCUGCGACGACGCCGUUAGUCACCUCAAUUCCUCGUCUCCAGGUUGCAGGGGUUCAAACGAAAGCUGGAAUAGGGGAGCAAGACUGAGAACUUACAGGCGCAGAGAAACAAGUGCUCUUAUAAAACAACAAGUUCUCCUUGUACGACAUAACUUGGACGUAGUGCAUAGUGAGAAGAAUAUAUGUUAUGGUAUUCUUGGUUCACUUUUGAAAUUGAAGGGGAAGUCUAAAGAUGGUCUCAAGUCUCGUAAAGAUCUGGAAGCUAUGCAGAUCAGACAAGAUUUACACCCCAAAGUAAGAGGAGAAAAGUUUCUGUUUUUUCUUGUAAUUGGAAAAAAGAUCUACUUAGCAUGUUUUGUAAGGAAUUAUGUAUCAGAACUUUAAUGAAAUGUACAUUUUUCUUUUA